AUGGCAGCAGGCGGGGGGCCCGACGGGGCCCUCCCAGAGCUCGGCCGCUAUGUUGUGGCCCGGCCCAUCUACAACGAGGUGAACUUCCAAGAGGAGUAUGAGAGAAGGCUGGUGGUGCCCAAAACACUCCGGGAACGAGUCCAGAAAACCUGCAGCUGUUCAAAAAAGAAAGCCGUCCAGGUAACCAAGACUUUAUUACCUAUUCUGGAGUGGCUGCCCAAGUACCGGGUUAAAGAAUGGCUCCUCAGCGAUGUAAUUUCUGGGAUCAGUACAGGACUUGUGGCUACUUUACAGGGUUUGGCGUAUGCAUUACUCGUUGGGGUGCCAAUUGGUUAUGGCCUGUACUCCGCUUUUUUCCCCAUCUUGCCGUAUUUCUUCCUGGGAACAUCUCGACACAUCUCAGUUGGACCUUUUCCUGUGGUCAGUUUAAUGGUGGGAUCAGUAGUAUUGAGCAUGGCACCUGAUGAAAAUUUCCGUGUGCUUAGCAGCAACUUGACCGGACUGAAUAAAACACUCAUAGACACUGAUGCCAGAGAUGCACAGAGGGUACUGAUUUCCAGUACUGUCAGCUUUUUGGUGGGCAUAAUCCAGCUGCUGUUUGGUGUAUUCCAAAUUGGUUUCAUUGUGAGGUAUCUUGCGGACCCGCUGGUUGGAGGUUUUACAACUGCAGCUGCUUUUCAAGUGUUAGUCUCACAACUGAAAAUCGUCUUAAAUGUUCCAACGGCAAAUUACAAUGGAGUUCUUUCUAUAAUAUAUACCCUGAUAGAAAUAUUUCAAAAUAUUGCAAUGACCAACAUUGCUGACCUUAUUGCUGGCCUGCUGACUAUUAUCAUCUGUAUGGUGGUGAAAGAAAUAAAUGAUAAAUUCAAGCACAAGAUCCCUGUCCCAAUUCCUAUAGAAGUGAUUGUGACUAUAGUAGCCACUGGCAUUUCGUAUGGAGCUGACCUGGAGAAAAAAUACAAUGCGGGCAUUGUUAAACAUAUUCCUAGUGGAUUUCUGCCUCCUAUAAAUCCAGCUGUCAGCAUGUUUGGAGAUAUAAUAGCAUCAUCCUUUUCCAUCGCUAUUGUGGCUUAUGCAAUAGCUGUAUCCGUAGGUAAAGUGUAUGCGACCAAAUAUGACUAUGCCAUUGAUGGAAAUCAGGAAUUUAUUGCCUUUGGGAUCUGUAAUAUUUUUUCUGGAGCUUUUUCAUGUUUCGCUGCAACCACUGCUCUGUCUCGCACAGCAGUCCAGGAAAGCACUGGUGGAAAAACCCAGGUUGCUGGAAUAAUCUCAGCUGCAAUUGUACUUAUUGCAAUUGUUGCUUUAGGAAAAUUGCUGGAACCUUUGCAAAAGUCUGUAUUGGCAGCUGUGGUCAUUGCCAACUUGAAAGGGAUGUUCAUGCAAAUAGGUGACGUCCCCCGAUUGUGGAGGCAAAGUAAAGCGGAUGCUAUGAUCUGGGUUUUCACCUGUAUAGCAUCCAUUAUCCUUGGACUGGAUUUGGGAUUACUUGCUGGAUUAGUAUUUGCGCUGCUGACUGUUGUGCUGAGAGUUCAGUUUCCUUCCUGGGGCAGCCUUGGCAGUAUUUCUGGGACAGACCUAUAUAAAAACAUCAAAGAAUACAAAAAUGUUGUUGAACCAGAAGGAGUGAAGAUUCUCAGAUUUUCAAGUCCUAUUUUUUAUGCUAACAUCGAUGGCUUGAGAAGCAGCCUCAAAUCAACUGUUGGAUUUGAUGCCAUGCGGGUUUAUAACAAAAGGCUCAAAGCUCUGCGAAAGAUACAAAAGCUGAUCAAGAAGGGAAAAUUAAAAGCAACAAAAAAUGGCAUCAUCAGUGAUUUUGGUACUGCUAAUGAAGCUUUUGAACCCGAUGAAGACCCAGAAGAUCCAGAAGAACUUGACAUCCCAACCAAGGAAGUAGAAAUCCAAGUGGACUGGAAUUCAGAACUCCCAGUCAAAGUCAAUGUCCCCAAAGUGCCUUUUCAUAGCUUGAUUUUUGAUUUUGGAGCUGUAUCCUUUCUGGAUGUUGUAGCGGUGAGAGUGAUGAAAACGAUUCUCAAGGAGUUUGAGAGGAUUGAUGUAAAAGUUUAUAUCGCAUCCCACCUAGACCACAUUAUCAAGACACUGGAACACUGUGCCUUUUUUGAUGAUAAUAUUAAAACAGAAAUAUUUUUCCUGACUGUCCAUGAUGCCGUACUCCACAUACAGAAUCAGAUCAUGCACAGAGACAUCCAGGACCCCAUAUUUGAAAAGAUCUCACUGAUGCAAGAGUCAACCGAACCAAUAGAUUUAUUGGAAACACACCAGAAUGACGAGCUUGAUGUUCAGGAAGAGGCUAUGCGAAGGCUUGCUUCAUGA